CUACUGUGAGAGUGAUUCUCCUCCGGGUGCUGAGCAAGACAAGCAGAACACGUUUUCAUCAUGAACACAGACAAACAACCUGAACCUGGAUUUACCCCCUCAGAGGAAGACGAUGUUGGACGUGAUGUUGAAGAUGCAAAGUCAAAGGAAGAGGAAGAAGAGAGGGAGGAUAAGUCAUUCAGCGAGAAUGGAAUACAGUGUGCUAAAGGUACGAUAAAGACAGAGGCUGAAGAGAUGGAUGAUAACGAGCAGUACUCCAAGACCGAAAAAGAACAAGAGAUUGUACCAAAAGAGGAAGCGGAAGGGGGCAGCGAGGACGGGAUGGAGGAAGGAUUUGACGAAGAGAGGACAGAGGAGGACGAGGAAGAGGAGAGGGACGGGGAGGGGGACGAAGAAGGGGACAAUCUGAACGAGCCGCAGGACCUGUCCCUUGUAGACUACUCACGCUACGACGGCGCCGGCCUGACGGACGCCCACGCGACGGCAGCGGAUGAAGGGGCCUACGUGCCUGGAGCAGUGGCCCCCCGCAUCCAGACGACAGGCAAGCUCAAUUGUGACAUCUGUGGCCUGUCCUGCGUCAGCAUCAACGUACUGCUGGUGCACAAACGCAGCCACACGGGUGAGAGGCCAUUCCACUGCAGUCAGUGUGGGGCCUCCUUCACCCAGAAGGGAAACCUGCUUCGCCACAUCAAACUGCACUCCGGGGAGAAGCCUUUCAAAUGCCCCAUGUGCAGCUACGCCUGCCGUAGACGUGACGCUCUGAGCGGGCACCUGCGCACCCAUUCUGUAGAAAAACCGUUCAAGUGCAACCAUUGCAGUCGCAGCUACAAGCAGCGAAGCUCCCUAGAAGAGCACCGAGAGAGGUGCCAUGUGUUCAUCCAGAGCAAAGGUGCUGCUGAAAGAGCUGAGGACGGCCACACAUCUAGAACUCAGAUGGGCACCGAGCGCGCUCUGCUGCUCGACAGGCUCGCCAGCAACGUAGCCAAACGGAAGAGUUCGAUGCCACAGAAGUUCACCGGCGACAACGGUGUCUGUCUGGACUUGAGCUUUAAUAGGGAGCUUGUCGCCCGAACUGACGUCAAAGAGUCUCAUCCGGGCUCCCCGGGGCCUGACUCCCACCAUCAACAACAAUCCAUGCUCACAGACGGUGACCCGGCCCCCUCCCACAGGCCCUACCCCAUCCCAUUAAGCCGCAACGAUAUCAGCCCCAUGGGCCUCACCAACGGCCACAAGAUGGGCAUGCCUCUCCUCGGCCUCCACCACGCCGCCCAGCCACCCCUCGGCAUGGACUCAUUCCACACUGACGGUUCCCAGAUGUCCCAGCCCGUCAUGUACAGCUUAGGGCACCUGCUGGGGGGGAUGAACCACCAGAACGGCGUCCCUCACCCGCAUGCCCAGCCCAUCCCUUUGUCCCCUCUGGAGGCUUUGAGGGUGGUGAGGGCGGACGGAGAGGGUGGAGCGUUGCCCGGGGCAGUGUACCCCUGCGGCCAUUGCAGGGUGAUCUUUCUGGACUAUGUCAUGUUCACCAUCCACAUGGGUUGCCACGGCUUCCGUGACCCACUGGAGUGCAACGUGUGUGGCCACCGCAGUAGGGACCGUUAUGAGUUCUCUUCACAUAUAGCCCGCGGUGAACACCGUCUAGAACUGAAGUAGCUUCCAUUCAUGCAGACGUUCACAUGCUUAUACACACAUAUGUUCACACAGAUAACACUGUAUCAGCACACAC